CCACAAGUAGCGAGCAGCCACUCUUUCACUGUUUUCUCCACUUUCUCUUCUUCUUGCUCUAGAGGUCUCUAUCUUCAUUAUUUUCUCUUUAGAGAAGAACAACUGUGACAUUUUGUCUGAACGUAGCUAUGUCUGCUCUGGUUCUUUCGCUUCUCCUUCUAGCCAUUUCUGGCCAAUCUAGUGCCUCAUGGUGUGUGUGCAAAACAGGGCUGAGUGAUACAGUGUUGCAGAACACCUUAGACUAUGCCUGUGGAAAUGGAGCAGACUGUAAUCCCACUCACCCAAAAGCACCUUGCUUUAACCCUGACAAUGUUAGGUCUCAUUGCAACUAUGCAGUCAACAGCUUCUUCCAAAAGAAGCAUCAAGCUCCAGGCACUUGUGAUUUCAGUGGCACUGCCACUCCAACUAACACUGAUCCAAGUUAUUCAGGAUGUACCUUCCCAACUAGUGCCAGCGGCUCUGGAGGCAGCACCACUGUGACACCAGGCACAACCAAUCCAAAAGGCAGCUCAACCACCACCACACUUCCUGGUGGCAACAAUCCUUAUUCAGGAACCUCAACCAAUGGAGUUUUUGGUAACAGCACAGGAGCCACUGGGACAGGGAUUAAUCCGGAUUACUCAAUAGAAAGCAGUGCCUUUGCUCUCAAGAACUCAAGCAAAUUUUUCACAUGCCUUCUCUUGAUCUCUUUGAGUGGAUUCUGUUAUUUCUUGAUGCUGCUUUAAGGAUGUGAAUGUUUUCUUGUUUUGUUGGUGAACUAACUUGUUGUCUCUAGGACAUUGGUCUAGCUUAGUAGUAAUCUUUGUAUGUGUGUGUUUGGUUCUCUAUGUUAUGUGUUUUGUUGUAAGAUGAUCUUAUUCUUCCUGUUACUUCUUUUUACUAGUUUACUGGCAAAGAUCAGUGU